AUGUCUUCGAACAAACAAAAUCCAAUUGUCCCAGGGACAGUCCGAGCUUUGACAAACAAAUGGCAAGCUGGAGGACAAUCCAAUUUGCAGCAGGCUAAUCUCUCGUUGCUAGAUGCUCUUCCUGAUCGGAAUUGCAGUCUUGCAGCUCAACCCGCACCGGGGCCAGCUCUUGCAGUUGCAAUCAACCGAUGGGAGAAUCGAACCGCACCCACCCCUGCACAGCGGGCUCUUCAGCUAUUUAAUUCUCUUCCGGACGGGGAACUUUCCCUCAUUCCUCAAAGCUCCCAGUCAAAUGCGGUUGUUCGAGCUCGUCCAAGAUUAACAAGUUUUGCAUUUUCCAGUUUACCUCCAGAGGUUCGACUCAUGAUUUGGGAGUUACUCAUUCCGGCGCCUCAAACCAUCAGAAUCACUGACAAUGCGAUGAGACACAACAGAUCGCAUUCCCGUCAGAACCCGGCCAUCCUUCAUAUAAAUUCCGAAUCCAGAACAGAGGCUCUCAAACACCUCAAGCGACUUUUCGGUGGCGUCAAUGGCAAUGGUUAUCCUGUACAGUUCAAGUAUUUUAAUCCAAUUUUAGAUCUUCUUUACUUCGAUGGUGGCGGCACCCAGCUCUUUGCAUUUCCACCUACUAUUCUUCCCCCUGUUGCGGAUCUCACUCACGAAGCACCGAUGGCACAGAGCGACAAUGUUGUUUCCCUUCAAGUUGGUGAAUGGCAGAUGAAUCAAGCAGGGCCCGCUGCAUAUUUCCGAAACGUAGAAUGUUUGAGGAUUCAAUACUUCGCGUCUCGCUCCCCCGGCAACUGGUUCACACCCGCGUAUCCAACAAACACCGCAGGAAGGCAAUUGUUUGUACGAGAGAUACAUUUGCAUAUGUUUUGGGAUACAGAUACCACGCGCAGGUGGUAUAACACGCGACUCAAUGCCGGCUUAGUAAAUGAGUUCCUAGAAUCGAGAUUUUGCUUACGCGGGUCGAUCAGCGUGUGGUUGACUCGACUGGUCAAUACGCUAUUGACUACUUCCGCGACAAUCCCUUUUGAGUCAUUCCAAGCUUUACCCUCAUCCCACCCCACUACACAACCCGUACCUAGCUUCUUUACAUGCGUUGUUCUUUGA